AUGUAUUUGUUUAGCCAAACAAAUUAUCCAUAUCCAAAUCAGGACUACAACAACUAUGAUGCCAGCAUAUCUGCAGGAAACAUGAAUGACUGUUAUACAAUCUCCCCAAGACGUUCCCCAAGGUUCCUGAAGACAUCAACCCCUAAACACACAAAAUCACCAGCAAAAUCACCAGCAGUGAAAAGUACGACACUGAGAAGAUCAUUACUUCCUACUUUGUCUGAGCAGUCUGAGGAUGAUACCGUUACGGAUACCAGCAGUGCCACAGUAACAACCCUCAACACCAGCAAAGUGACACCCCAAAGAAGUGUUCCCCCGAGUAACAACAGUGAGGGCAAAAGAAACAACAGCAGUGCCAUAGAGACAACUCAAAGGAGCAGUGCCCCCAGUGUCAGCAGAAGAGAGACAGUAAGACUUAUUGAGAGUUGUCCUAUUGAAGUCGACAAAAUAAAUCUGAAAAAGGCAUCACAAAUGGCCAAGAAACACAGCAAUCCAGGGUAUUCUCUUUGCCUCAAACUCAUACCUCUCCUGUUUUCCGAUGAAGAAUUAGCAUUGUCACGAGGACAGGGGUUCAACAAGGCAAAACCUGGUGACAUAAGGCCGACACUUAGUAAGAAGAAGAUAGAGUUGAUGAAAGACUAUGUUAAAAGCUGGUGCCUGAAACAUGGUUUUAAUGUACCGCUGGACUCCAAACUUAAUGAUGGUGUGACCGAAAGAAUCGCUUAUAGCAGAAAACUGCUGAAAAGACAAACCAAGGACUGAGUGAAAAAAUACAAUCAAACAUUUAUACUCGUACUUAACUUGUAAAAUUAGUCAAACUUCA